AUGGAGCUUCUCCUCUUUGAUAUUUCUCCUGAAAGCCCCAGAGAGUCUUACCUGCCGACCAAUCACAGGUCUGGCUCUGUUAACGUCACCUGGGAGCCCGAUGGCGUCUCUUUCGUCAUCCAGGGCCUCACCAGCCUCGGAGAGAGGAAGCUGAUCCUGUUUGUGGUCCUGCUUCUGGGUUACAUCAUCAUCCUGGGAGGAAACAGCAUGAUCAUCUUUGUGGCGUCGACAGAUUCGAAGAUCAGCUCGCCCAUGUACUUCUUCCUCUCCAACCUCUCCUUCGUGGACAUCAUGUACACAACCACCACCAUCCCCAACAUGCUGUCCGGCCUCCUGACAGACCUUAAAACCAUCUCCGUCCCCGGCUGCUUCCUGCAGAUGUACUUCUUCAUCCAGUUAGCCGUCACCGGCCGCGCCAUCCUGACCGUCAUGGCGUACGACCGAUACUUGGCCAUCUGCGACCCUCUGCGCUACACGGCCGUCAUGACGCGCCCCGUGAGGCUCAUCCUCAUCGCCGGAGCCUGGAGCUUCGGCGCCUUCUGCACGCUGCCACCGGCCACCAUGGCGUGGCUGCGGUCGUACUGCGGCCCGUACGUGGUGAGACACAGCUGGUGCGACCCGUCAUCCGUGCGGAGGCUCGUGUGCGGCGACUCGGCUGUGGAUAACAUCGUGUCGCUGUCCUUUGCCAUGGUGGCGCUCCUGUCCACCGGAGUCCUCAUCUUCACCUCCUACGUCCUGAUCGGGCUGUCCAUGUCGAGGAUGGGCGUCGCUCAGCGGCUGAAGGCUGUCGGGACGUGUGCCGCCCAUCUGAUCGUGGUGUCCAUCUCUUACGGGGCGGCCUCGUUUGUUUACAUCUCCUACCGGGUGGGGAACUUCUCCCCAGAGGUCCGGAUCGUUGUGUCCGUGCUGUACUCCGCCCUGACGCCGUUCCUGAACCCGAUGAUCUACAGUCUGAGGAACAAGGAGCUGCGGGAGUCCAUCUGGAGGACCAUGAUCCGCUUCAGACCGGCUUCCGUGUCCCCCAGGAAGGACGUCACCACGGUGUCCUGA